AAAAAAAAGGUGAAAGCGAAGGUGAAGGUAUCAAAGUAUCAAGCAGACAAAAAUAUAAAAAAGCAUCUAAAGGAAGACCACACCACGUUCCCCCACUUGGGUUGCGUGACACUGUUCCACUCAGCUGUCCCCUGCUCUGUUUAUCUCUAUCACCAACCAAUCCCUCACAGUCUCACAGUCUCACGGUCUCACUCUUUUUUCUCUCUUCUUUCUUUCCUUCCAUUUUUUUGGUCCAAAAAAUGCCAAUCAACAAAAACCCUUCUACUCCCCCGCCCAUGAUCGGCAAGAUCGGCCCCUACACUGUCUUCGUUACCCCGCCUUCUACCCCUACCCCCACUGAACCACCUAUCUUUGAGUCUCCCAAGAAGGUGGUGGCGCCUCCUGCUGCUGCACCUGCUCCUCCUGUCCAGCCGCCACCCCAACAGUUUGAUAAGUCUUUUGUUGCUUCCCAUUCUGAUGGCUCCAUCCUGGGUUUCUUCAAAAAUGCUGCCUCUAAAGUCCAAAAUGCUCAUUCAAGCUUGGAUGACUAUUUAGCUCGCUGGUUUGGCUUAAAUCAGUCCAAGUAUCAGUGGGCAUUGGACGACUAUUAUGAGAGCAAGGGAUUGGAAAGCGAAAGUGUAAAAGUGAAAGAAAUAUCAAGCAAAAUACAGAGUGUGUAGCAUCUUCUUUGGCUGUGGAUUUUGCUGUUAUGCCAAACUUGCACCAGGUGAGGAUGCUUGUUGUGUCUCCAUAUUGUAUUAUAUCUAUAUACUUAAUGCAUGGAAUGGCUAAAAGACUAAUGGAUUCUUGAGGGUAACUUUGUUCAUAAGUGGCGAUCAGAUCAGAUUGUAUGUGCUUCUCUACCUACUACUGCAGCAGCUAACUGAGCUUGUUUAUGUAAUAGGUUAGGAGUUGUGUAAUCUCCUUAACAGUCAAUUUCUAGCAUUGAGAUUACUAUCAACUGUUGAGGACAUACACUUUACACUUUAAUGUAUUGUAUUUUUAUUUUAUUAUAAAAGCAUUAUUUUGUAACAUUAAUUUCUUAUCCAUGCAUUUGCCCCCCUCUCCAUGCAUGUAUGUGCAUGCAGGCAUGUGAGACACUUAUAUUACUGGUUCAUUUUGUUGGCCAAACUGUCAGCUCUUGGGUGGUUUAAGAUCAAUAUAUAUAUACUUCACAUUGGGGUGGCAAGGGUCCUUGCUUAGUUUCUUGGUUUGCUGGGUUUGGAUAUUUUUAGAUGCGGUAUAUUGUGUAUGACCGUGUGUUUCUGCACUUAAUGGUAGACACUGUCAAGCUAAGGUGGAAGGAUUCAGAUACAGCUUCAUGCCAAAAGGAAUUAUAAUAGUGAAUGAAUCCUCUGUCACCCUUCAACUCCUGAAUGAGAUUUCUUUUUCUUGAAUAAACUUUAAUCAAUGUUAAAUCUUCUUAGAGAACAAAUAAGGAUUGCUUGACUUGGAGCUUUCUGUAAUAGCAGGGCAAUUCUUUCCUUCUCCCCUCCACCUCCCUCUCUUUUGCCCUUAUAAAAUUGGUCAGUACAUCCUAUAAUAUUCUCAUCUAUAAGAUAAAUAUUUGCCUAUUUUUUUAGUGUUUAUUGUUUUCAAAGGUCACUUUUAACACAUGGAACCAGACAAAUAUUGCAUCUAUUUUCUGAAUAUUGAAUAUGAAUUUUUUGAAGAUAGCUUUCCAGGUAGCAAAGUCAAAUAGGCAAAGAAUAAGAAAUUUUUCAUGGUGAAAAGUCUUUAACGAUAAUAUGUAGCGAAAUAUGGUCCGAUGGAUAUCCUUGCCGGCCUUGUAUUUUAAUAAUUAGGCGAUAUACCCC